UUGGCAGAAUGGCAGAAGAAGGGAUUUCAAGUCACUGGUUCAGUCUGUGAUGUAUCAUCCCAAGCUGAACGAGAAAAGCUAAUGGAAACAGUCGCCUCUGUUUUCCACGGAAAGCUCAACAUACUUAUCAACAACGUUGGAAAUCAAAUCUGGAAACCCACUGUAGAAUACACAGCUCAAGAUUUCGCUUUUCAUAUAAGUGCCAAUUUUGAAUCAGCGUAUCACCUCUGCCAAAUCUCAUAUCCUCUUUUGAAAGCUUCGGGUGCAGGAAACAUUAUUUUCAUGUCUUCUAUUUCUGGUGUUACAUACUAUCUUUCCUCUGGAUCCUUAUAUUCUGCAACUAAAGUGCCAUCUUUGGCAGCGGCAUUGACCCAAUUGACUAAGAAUUUGGCCUGUGAGUGGGCAAACGACGGAAUAAGGACUAACCGUGUGGCACCUGGCUUCAUCAGAACCCCCUUGAGGGAGCCUUUUCUGAAUGAUGAGCAUACUCGUAAGGCCGGUUGCACUCAAGCUCCACUAAGACGCAUAGGAGAAGCGGAGGAGGUGUCGCCCCUGGUGGCAUUUUUAUGCAUGCCUACAGCCUCCUAUAUCACCGGACAGACUAUUUGUGUCGAUGGAGGUGCGACUGUGAAAUCUUCACCCACAUAGCUAGCUUCCAAACUCAACUGAAGGCAGGCAAUCAGGCAUCACCAAUUCCCGUCUUCAACUCAUCUCUGUAUCUUACAUAUAUUAUUCUGUACUCUUGUCUGAAUAACUACCUCUCUACAAUUCUACAUUUGAAAUAAACAGAUCUUUAUUAU